GCUCCGCCGCGGCCCUCCGAGCCCCGCCGGCCGCCGAGCCGCCAGCGCCGGCCGCACAGCGCCGGGUGCCCGGGCGGGGGGCCAUGCCGUGCCGGAGGGAGGAGGAAGAGGAAGCCGGCGAGGAAGCGGAGGGGGAGGCGGAGGAGGAGGAGGAGGAGGACAGCUUCCUCCUGCUGGAGCAGUCGGUGACGCUGGGCGGCUCGGGCGAGGUGGACCUGCUGGUGGCCCAGAUCGGCGAGACGCUGCAGCUGGACGCGGCGCAGGACAGCCCGGCCUCCCCGUGCGCGCCCCCGGGGCCGCCGCUGCAGCCCCCGCAGCCCCCGCAGCCCCCGCGGCCCCCGGCGGCCGUGCGGGCGGACAAGGCCCGGCCCCCCGCGCUGCCGCUGCUUCUGCCGCCCGCGCGGGCCGAGGCGGUGGGCCCGGCGCCCCCGGGGGCCCUGCGCUGCGCCCUCGGGGACCGCGGCCGCGUGCGGGGUCGGGCUGCGCCCUACUUCGUGGCCGAGCUCGCCGCGGGCCCCAGCGCGUUGUCGCCGCUGGCCCCUCAGCCCGGCCUUGACGGGCCCUCGGGAGCGGACAAGCGGGCCGCGCCGCAGCCGCUGUCGGGCCCGUGCCGGCGAGGGUGGCUGCGGGGCGCCGCCGCCUCCCGCCGCCUCCAGCAGCGACGCGGGCCCCAGCCCGAAUCCCGCACGGGCGACGACGACCCGCACCGGCUCCUGCAGCAGCUGGUGCUCUCGGGGAACCUCAUCAAGGAAGCGGUGCGGAGGCUUCAUUCGCGACGGCUGCAGAUACACGCAAAGCUUCCCCAGCGCCCGCUCUCCGGGCCGCUGUCGGCCCCGGUGCAUGAGCCCCCUUCUCCGCGCAGCCCUCGGGCGGCCUGCAGCUACUCCGGCGCGUCCGGGAGGAGCGCGCAGCCCCGAACUGGCGACGGCGUUCCUGUGCCUGGCAGCUAACACCCCGGGAGUGGCCACAGCGCCAGCCUCUGCCUGGAGGGCAGGGGAGCCCCCUGAGGGCUAGCUACAUCCCUACUCGGACUGGUGAACUCGCGUUUUGGAAGCGGGAAAAUAAGCUAAUGCAGACGAGGAAGGAAAAACCGCGAAUGUUUUCGCGGGGAACUAAUGGAGGGCCCCCGAUGCGUUUGGAAAACAGAAGAACUUGGGUGCCCUAUUUGAGGCAGAUUACAGAGCGCACCCCAAGCUCACAUCCAGUGGUACUCCCCGUUCGGCGUGGCCAGCCCCAGCGGUGCAGCGAGCAGAUCCACGCAGCCGAGCCAGUGGGACCCUCCAGGACCCUCCAGCCCAGCGACCAUGUGGCCACGUUCCACGCGUCUCUGAUCGCCGCGCGCCCAAAGGACGAGGAUGACCCCAGUUACUUGCUUUACCUUUUCAGGGCUGGUUCCUGAUCCACUUUGGGGGAGGGGAACAUGAGUCAGACCAUCAUUUCAGGGAGAACCUCAAACUGCCAGACUUGAAAAAUUUACGACUCUUUAAAAAACCCGUCUUGUGUCUUGUGGGUGCUGGUUCUUAACGCAAAACACGCGGUGCCAUCAAAGGACCUUUUUUGGGAGUUGAAUGGGAGUAAGGUUCGCGCUGCCUCCGCGGUGCGAGCGGGGGGCGGGGGGGCUGCGCGCCGGCGAGGGGAGGCGGGGGCGGCGGUGCCGCGGCCCGGGGAAGUGGGAGUCGGCGAAGUCUUCCUCUCUGGGAGAUUUUCACUGCCGUCCCCCUCCUCGGGUUCAAGGUCAGGGUUCCCCCAGCGCCCGCGGGGGUGCGGGGCUCCAGGAGAGCGGAAGAGUUGCCGGGUUCCGCCUGUACCCGGGAGAAGCGCCCGGGGCUGUGCAAGUGCUGGAGUCUUCUGAGGACGCGCGCCGAAGGGGACGGGCCGGGCCGGUCGGUGCCCACCGCGGCCCGCCGCGCCCCGGGCUUUCAGAGAGUGCCCCGAGCCUCAGCCUCGGUCGGGCAGCCCCCCCCCCCCGCCCCACCUCCCCGCCUCGGCUCGGCUCGGCUCGGCUCGGCGGUCCCACUCCAAGCGGGUGGCGCUGGCGCUCCUUGGGGCCCGGGCUGGGGGCUGGGGAGACGCCACGUGACGGGCACUCCGGGGACACAGCCUCGCACAGCAGCUUAUAAUGGACUCUCCGGGGCCAUUUGCAAUAACAGCUGCAAUUCCCUGGAUACACGGAGUUGGUUUCCUCCCUCCGCCCCUCCCCCAGCCAUGCCAGCUCGCCUUUGUAAGUGAAGGAAACCGAGUAGAAAAUGUGACCCUCCAAACGGAGAAGCUGCAGGCUUUGCCAUUGUGAGCCGUGGUGAAGUGCGUUUAGCAUACUUUUCACUUACUCUUGAGGGAUCUAAAUCCGUUUUGUUGGUGUUUAAGUUUUAAAAGAUUCAAUGGCUUGUUCAUCAUCCAGAUGUGGCUAUUGAGGUAUCUACACUUCGCACCGGAGUGUCUGGAAUUGUGGCUAUCCUGAUUAUAGGAUUUUAACUUAACUGAAAUACUUGUUUUUAAUAAAUGCAUUGGGUUUUUUGGUUUGG